AUGCCGUCGCCAAUAAUUGAUCCACCGAUAAUUGAGCAACCUAUCAUUCGACGACCACCACCAAUCAUUAUUGAAGAAAUAAUCAACAUUAUAGAACGACCAGUUGUUCAACCUUCAAUUUUCGUCGAAAGAAUCGUUAGCCCAAUCAUUGAACUACCAUCAAUCGUCGAAGAACUACUUGUUUAUCAAUCGUUAGUGAUCCAAAUUGAACAACAAGUCAUCUUCUCUCCUAUGAUACAAGCACCUAUCAUCAAUACUAUCUAUAGUCCAAUACGAAUUGUUCCACAAGUAAUAAUACUUCGAAUGCCAUCGCCAAUAAUUGAUCCACCGAUAAUUGAGCAACCUAUUAUUCGACGACCACCACCAAUCAUCAUUGAAGAAAUAAUCAACAUUGUAGAACGACCAGUUAUUCAACCUUCAAUUCUCAUCGAAACAAUCGUUAGCCCUGUAAGUACUAUUUUAUAUGAUACUAUUUAGAAAUGGAUAAACUGAAAGAAAACAAAAGAAAAGUCAAACAUGAUUGCAGGCAUUACUUUUUCUCUAUGCUAUUUGCUCAACCGAUUCUAACUGCUUCACGAUCAUUUCUUCAGAUUGAUGAACCUGUCGGCUUCUCCUAUUUUUUAAUCAAAAAGAAAACCUCUGUGCUCAUGAUAAUUUUUUAUUUAAAUAGAUAGUUGAAAUGCCGUCAAUUGUACAAGAACCACUUGUUUAUCAAUCUGUAGUGAUCGAGAUUCAACAACAAGUCAUCGUCUCUCCUAUGAUACAAGCACCUAUCAUC